AUGUGCUUGAUAUUUACCUGCGGCGAGCACACCUUUCGCAAGGAAGUCGAAGGCUACGAGGGCGUCGUCUGCCAGUGCCACAACUGCGGCAACUACGCCGGUCAUGUCAUCAAGAGCAAUCCAUGGUUCACUUUUUGCUUCAUACCAGUCAUUCCGCUUUCCGUCCACGGCUACCACGACGUCGUCUGCCACAUCUGCAACUUCGCGCAACCCGUCGAGAACCGUCCGGAUGUCCAGGCUAUGAAGCGCGGCGGCGAGGGAGGAAACAAUGUGCCUAUGCAGAACCAAGCUCCUCCGCCACAGCAGGCAGGCGCCCCGCCGGCUGGUUGGGGACAAGGACAAGGACAGGCUCCACCACAGGGUCAAGCGCCUAUGCGAUAUGGCUAA